UUUUUUUUUGACAUUUCCCUUUAAAGAGAGCAUACAGUCCUGAAAGCAGACUUUUGAUCUGCAAGGCGGCUCGUCGGCUCAAAAUGACUUGCAAUUUCAAUGGCACCGUGCUGAUCAAAGUGCUCCCUCCACUGCUGUUCACGGAGUUCAUUUUGGGAAUCCUCGGAAACGGCUUGGCUCUCUGGGUCUUCUGCUUCCACCUGAAGCCCUGGAAGAGCAGCACGGUGCUGCUCUUCAACCUGGCCAUGGCUGACUUUCUCCUCAACAUGGCUUUGCCUUUCCGGGCCAUCUACUACUUGUCCGGGAUCAUCUGGAAGUUUGGAAGCGCCAUGUGCAACAUUUGCCUCUUCAUGUUGGCGAUGAACCGCAGCGGAAGUACCUUCUUCUUGAUGGCCAUUGCCGCGGACAGGUACAUGCGCGUGGUGCAUCCCCAUCAUCCUAUCAACUCUCUGAGCGUCCCCAAAGCCAUGUGUGCAGCACUUGCGCUGUGGUUGGUCACCAUCGCAAUGACAGCUCACGUUUUCCAUCUGAAACACAUCAACACAACCUACUGCGAGAGCUUCAUGGUUGACGCUGAACCCCAGCAUAAUCUGAGCUGGCAUAAGUUUGAGUUCUUCUUCUCCUUCAUUUUCCCGCUGGUCGUGAUCCUCUACUGCACCGUCCAGAUUUCCGUCCACCUGAGGAGGAGACAGUUGAGUCAGCAUGCGAAGAUUAAGAAGGCUCUGUGGUUCAUCACGGUGGUGGUGGUGCUCUUCGUCGUCUGCUUCCUACCGAGCAACAUCGUGCAGGUGCUGCUCUGGAUCAAGAGCCACCGAGUCGCCUUCACCCUGCCCCCCUCUGAGGUGUGCCCUGCCCUGGAAGAGCUGACCAGCGCGUUUUACAUCUCCAUCAGCCUGACCUAUCUCAACAGCGUGCUGGACCCUGUGGUUUACUACUUCUCCAGCCCUGCCUUCAAGAACUUCUGCAGGAAAGCCCUUCAUUUGUCCGAAGUGCAAACUGUUGAGAGUACAGAGAAGAAAACUCGAGAAACGGGCUCCCAGUCGCUCAGUCAGCUGUGAUCACACAACCAAAAUCAAAUAUGCCUAUAUACAUUUAUAUAUAUAUAAGUGCUACAGCCAACACAGUGCUACUUUUUUUUUUUUAAACUUUCCUUAAACAGUACAGCGUAUUUUUAUUGCACUUUAAAAAAAAUCAAUUGCCUUUGCAAAGGCUGUGUUAUUUUUACUUUUGCAGAACGACUGUACAUUUCUGAAUGUUUAUUUGGUGACAAUUGUAAUUGUAAAGCUGUGCCAUAAUUUAUUUAGCCUAUUCAAUAUUUUUGCACAUCUCUGACAAACUCUGUAAACUCAAUAAUGUACACAGUUUGUUUUCAUAUUUGUUACAUAAAUAUAUAAAUAUCAUCUUGUGAAAAACAUAAAGAUAAAAAUAUGACAUCUCAUAGUUUUCUCACAUCAAGUGAACCGCAAUCAUAAUCACACUGUCAUAUUGCUGUGGUACGAAACAAAAAAUAAAAUAAAUCAAUUUAA